AAACUUUCAGUCCGACGCGGAAGCUCCGAGCGGCGCGAGCGCGGCAAUUUCUUUCCGGCAUAUAAAAUUUAAAACACAAAAAUUAUAUAAAAAUAAUCCUUCUCUUUAAAAAUACAUAAAUAAAAUAUGGCCAGCAUGUCGGAAUUAGCUGGCCAAAAGAAAACCGAAAUUAAAUCAAAAGAUGUAAACGAAGUGCGAACCCUUUCGGCAAUUGCGGCUCCAGGCGAUUUUAACACCAGAAACAUGCAGUUUACACAUUUACCCUACACACAACAGAACCCUAAUUAUACCCUUCGCAUCGUCUGCUGUGUAUUAUUCAUUUUCCUCACUGAAAUCUGUCUGGCACACUACGUUUACAGACUGAUUAACGCCGAGGUGCGCGAUAACUAUCUGCGUACUUAUCAAGUAGAGGAGGUAUUCUUGAGCAAUCUAAGGAGUGGAAGAAGCCGUGAAGAGAUCAAUCGGAUAGUAGAGGAAGCGUUAAAGAGGAGUGAAAAAUCGCAAAACUAUCACAAAGAUGAAGAUGACGACGAUCAUAGAGAUUUGAAUCGAACCGAUUCGGACAGUAAUCCUGCUUUAAAUAGAACAAGAAGAAGCUCACAUAAUACUUUGGAUGACUUGACAGUGGAUUUCUUCCAACCGAGCAAAAGAUCUGAAUUGGAGGCUUUAGAUCGGAAGAAAAAAGAAAAGACUGGGAAGGGAACAUCUCCUGAUGGUACCGACUGGGUUUGGUUGGCUGAUUAUGCUAGAGUAUCGAUGUCGACGAUACAAGGAUACUGCGUCGCUGUGAAAAGCGAGUGCCCGGCAGGUCCCAAAGGACCUCCAGGCUCACGCGGCGAACGCGGAGAAGUCGGAUUGCCUGGCAUCCCGGGUUCAUUGGGACCCAAAGGACCAAUGGGGCCACCUGGACAUCAUGGUCAGAAAGGAGAACAAGGCCGUCCAGGUUUAGACGGAAGAGACGGAGUACCAGGUGAACCCGGUAUGGAUGGUAGUCCAGGUAGGAAUGGUCAAGAUGGAGUCCCAGGUAGGGAUGGACGCGAUGGUAUGCCUGGAAUGUCGGGGAAAGAUGGACGAAAUGGAACUGAUGGCAGACCCGGUGACCGAGGACCACAAGGACCGCCUGGACCGAUGGGGCUGAAAGGUUUAACUGGUCCACGCGGACGGCCAGGCAAACCGGGCACGAAUGGCACGCCUGGGAUUCCAGGGAUCAACGCGUGGAAGAUCAAGGCAAAUGGCACCAACGAAUUACUCAUUCCGCCCUCAAUCAUUGAUAAGAGAGAUGGGCCGAUUGGGCCGUCGGUUAUUCCCGAAGGUGAUAAUGUCACUUUGAGCUGCGCUUCUAUCGGAACUCCGCAUCCUCAGGUUGUAUGGAUGCGCACAGAUGGUCAACCAAUUACUAUGGGUCCUUGGCAAUCGCUUUCUGUGACUGGGCAUUCAUUAAAUAUUACGAUGGUGAGUCGCGUACACAUGGGGACAUAUCAAUGUGUUGCUGAUAACGGAGUUCCACCACAUGUUAAUCAAUCUUUCAUCAUUGAAGUUCACUUUAUUCCACUAAUCCGCAUCUGGAAGGAUGCUGUUGGAGCGCCCAUGGGCACAACACGAAUGCUAGAAUGUGAAGUUGAAGCUUUUCCGGAAUCAUUGCGAUAUUGGGAACGUGACGAUGGGCGUCUCCUAGAAAACGACGGCAGGUAUCACAUCGAUAACAAUGUCCGUCGCAAUGGCUAUAAAGUACGAAUGCAGUUGAACAUCACUCGUAUUAAACCCGAUGAUUACACCCGCUAUUAUUGCGUGGCAAAGAAUGAAAAGGGCAAAACUCGCGGCAUCAUCAAACUAUAUUCGGUGGAUCCCAACCUGGCGACGCCGCCGCCUGUGUAUGAUACCAGCGUCAUCGAGUUUGGCCAGCGGCCGCCGAAACGCGUCUCGCAGGAAUCGAUUUGCCCGCCGCCGGUGCAAUGCCCAGAAUGUCUCAAUCCGAACGAAUUCAAGUGCAGGGAUUCCGGCGUGUCGCUAAUCGAUUUGAUCGGCAAAUGGGAGAUUCGCCAGUUUGGAAAUGCGACAUAUCCUGGCUUUCCCGACAGACAGACAGAUUGUUUGCUCUACGCUGUUGGAAAACCAGUUUACAUCCGUUACUCGAACCAAUCAGUAGGAUGCUGGAUGCGUGAUCCUUUGGAAAUGACUGGGGAUCGUUACUACACUACGAAAGAGGACGACGCUUAUCGUCUUUUCCAAUUUGAUAACAAAACGCUUUUCCGCAAGGAUACCCCGUCGAGAGAAUAUAAGCUGAUUUAUCCAUUCAAAGGCAACGCUCACGUGGUGUUCAAUGGUUCUUUCUAUUACAACGAGCGCGAUAAGCCGAAAAUCGUCAAGCUCAAUUUAGCAAACGAGAGCACGCAGAGCGUGAACGUGCCGUUAGUAGCCACCAACGGCUCUAAUUACCUGUACACCACCGGCAACAAUUAUAUGGACUUCAAUGUCGAUGAUAACGGCCUGUGGGUAAUUUUCGGCAUUCCGGAUAGUAAUAACACGGCCGUUAUGAAGGUGGAUGCCAACAGCCUGCACAUUCAAUACAUAUGGAACAUAAGCUUGAACCAUCACAAAGUCGGCGAGAUGUUCGUCGUUUGCGGCGUGUUGUACGCGGUCGACAGCGUCACCGAUCGAGAUUCACGAAUCCGAUUCGCCUUGGAUCUCUAUACCAACAAUUUGCUCGAUGUGAAUCUACCCUUUACCAAUCCCUUCCGCAAUACCACAAUGGUCGGAUACAACAAUAAAUAUAAGGAGUUGUACACAUGGGAUCGCGGCAAUCAGCUUACGUAUCCAGUGCGUUACCACGAAAUCGGCUACAAGCAGAAAGAAGAACUCGAAACGUUAGAAGCGCCUCUGGUGGCCGAAGUAAAAACUGGCGUGGAACAUCAUCACAGUCAACAAAAUCCCGAUGAUGACAACGACGAAGACGAUAAUCAAUGGAGCGAUUAAUUUUUGUACUUUUUUCAAAACUUCCAAUUAGACGUAUUUAUUACAAACAAUGUAUUCAAACUAACGUUACCUAACAUAAUCUGUCAUAGAUGAUGUGUUUUAAACUAAGGUUAUGUAACCUUUGUGGUUAGAUUAUGUUUCUUUGGAGUAAUAUUGUUAGCAUUGUGUAAUCUAAAAAAUAAAUGAUGAAAUUUAGGAAUAAA